CACCAAGUGAAAAUCUUUUUUGGUGACAGACAUUGAUUCAAAAUGCCCGCGGUUAAGAAGCGCAAGGUUGCCCGUGAGGCGCCGCCAUCGAAGGUCGAAGAUCAGAGCGACUCCCACAGCUCUGCCUCUGAAGAUGAAGCCUCCAAUCAAGAGGCUCCCAACACGGCCGAGCAAGAGAUUUCCGAAGAGGUCAAGCAGGCUCCCAAGUCAUUUAAAGAACUAGGGCUUAUUGAACAAUUAUCCGAUGCUUGCGAUGCGAUGGGAUACAAAGCUCCCACCGCAAUCCAAGCGGAGGCUAUUCCUCUCGCUCUCCAAGGCCGCGAUUUGAUCGGUCUGGCUGAGACUGGUAGCGGUAAGACCGCAGCCUUUGCACUGCCCAUCCUCCAAGCCCUGAUGGAGAAACCGUCGAGCUUUUUCGGUCUCGUCCUGGCGCCUACUCGUGAACUGGCAUAUCAGAUCUCCCAAGCCUUUGAAGGUCUCGGUUCCACAAUCUCCGUUAGGUGCGUUACCAUAGUCGGUGGAAUGGACAUGGUAUCCCAAUCAAUCGCACUAGGAAAGAAGCCACACAUCAUUGUCGCAACUCCUGGACGUCUGUUGGACCACCUGGAAAACACUAAAGGCUUCUCCCUCCGCAAUCUCAAAUACCUCGUCAUGGACGAAGCCGAUCGUCUCCUUGACAUGGACUUCGGGCCCCUCCUCGACAAGAUCCUGAAAGUCCUCCCCCGCGAGCGCCACACCUACCUUUUCUCCGCAACCAUGAGCUCAAAGGUCGAGUCCCUCCAACGCGCCUCUCUCCAAAACCCUCUCCGCGUCUCCGUCUCCUCAAGCAAAUACCAAACCGUCUCCACCCUCCAACAAUCCUACAUCUUCAUCCCCUACAAACACAAGGACCUGUACCUGGUCUACCUGCUCAACGAAUUCGCCGGCCAAUCGUGCAUCAUCUUCUGUCGCACCGUGCACGAGACCCAGCGUCUCAGCUUCUUCCUGCGAACACUCGGAUUCGGCGCUAUCCCGCUCCAUGGACAACUUUCGCAGUCUUCUCGUUUGGGCGCUCUUGGCAAGUUCCGUUCGCGGAGUAGAGAUAUUCUUGUGGCGACAGAUGUUGCUGCACGUGGUCUUGAUAUUCCCUCUGUUGAUGUGGUGUUGAAUUUUGAUUUGCCGGGUGAUUCGAAAACCUUCAUUCACAGAAUCGGCCGUACAGCCCGUGCCGGUAAGGCAGGUGUCGCUAUUAGCUUUACUACACAGUACGACAUUGAAGCAUGGCUUAGGAUCGAGGGAGCCCUGGGAAAGAAGCUCCCUGAGUACUCUGCUGAGAAAGACGAGGUCAUGGUGCUCGCGGCGCGUGUCAGCGAAGCGCAACGGCAGGCGAUCAUGGAGAUGAAGAAUUACGACGAGAAGAGAGGCAGUAGGGGCAAAAAGUUUGCCAAAGGAAAGCGGGGUCGCGAAGAUAUGGAUCAGGAAGAGGGCUAGUGGAGACAAUAUUAGAGUGUAGUUAUUUCUUAUUGCUGACGAAUACCCAAACGAAGUUCUUUAUCCUCGAGACUGAGUUUGAUGUAAGCAUUUACAUAUUUUUAGUGACCGUAGACCGGUGUUAAUGUUAACU